AUGUCGGUGAGCCAGCCGCAGUUGGGAAGAGGUGUGCCGUGUUUACGCUGCAGAGGGACGUGCACGGGCUUCGAGCCACAUUCUUGGAGGAAAAUCUGCAAGUCGUGCAAAUGCAGCCAGGAGGAUCACAGCCUGAGCUCAGAUGUGGAGGACGAUCGGAAAAUUGGGCGCCUGCUGUCAGAUUCCAAGUAUGCCACGCUCACCGCCCGCGUGAAAGGAGGUGAUGGCAUUCGCAUUUACAAAAGGAACCGCAUGAUCAUCACCAACCCCAUCGUCUCUCGGAAGGACCCCACCUUCGACACCAUCACAUACGAGUGGGCUCCCCCGGGGCUCACCCAGAAGCUGGCCAUGCAGUACAUGGAGCUCAUCCCCAAGGAGAUGCAGCCGGUGGCGGGGACGGACGGGGCGUACUAUCGCCGGCGGCAGCUGAUGAGACAACUCCCGCUGUACGACCAGGACCCGUCGCACUGCCGCGGCCUCGCCGAGGGCGAGCUGAAGCUGAUGGAAGACUUUGUGAAGAAGUACAAAGCCGAGGCGCUGGGCGUCGGGGAGGUGGCACUGCCGGGCCAGGGCGGCAGCGGGAAGGAGGAGGGGAAGCCACAGGACAAGAGCAUCGCCGCCGGCAAACCCCCUGAGUCCACCAACGGGGCCCUGGAGCGCGCGCCCGCAGGAGGGCACUACCGCUGCGAGACCUGCAAGCAGGCGGUGCCGGGGGACUGCCCGGUGGUCUACGCCGACAGGGCCGGCUACUCCCGGCAGUGGCACCCGGGGUGCUUCGUGUGGUGCCCUUACUGCGAGAGCCUCCGGCCGCGCUGCGCCGGCUGCGACGAGAUCAUCUUCUCGGAGGACUACCAGCAGGCAGAAGGCAUGGCCUGGCACAAGAAGCACUUCGCCUGCCUGGAGUGCGAGACGCUGCUGACCGGCAAACCCUUCGCCCUGGACGCCGCCGGUCUCCUCUGCACCACCUGCAGCAAAAGCAAACGCCUCUGA